UCCUCAAAUUCAAAGAGCCGGUGUCCUAGCAAAACGUGAGGUGCUGUUUUUCUUUUACAAUUUGGCUUACUGUUUACAAGUAAUUGACUAUAUCAAUAGUCAUAUUGUAUCAUUGGGCUACUCGAUAUUUCAACUCACUGGAUACGAAGGCGUUUACGUUUAAGGACCAAAUAACGAGUUUUCGCAAGAUCCGGAUGAGACGAGGAUUGGUGCCGCAUUUUUUUCCUACAGCAACGUGGGUCACGCGCCAGAUAUAGUUGAACUGGAUCCCAGAUCGGAAUAUUUGUAGAAUAAAUCGUCAAUUUCGUGGAUUACAGGAAUGCUGCUGUCUAAAUUAAACUCAUUCGCUCACAUCUCCACCGUUGAUAUGCCGGCGAAAAUCCAGCUUCAAGUUCACCAAGGGAAAGAGAGGGAGCCUUUCGAGAAGCUUUACCAGGUUGGCUCUGUGCUGGGAAGUGGCGGUUUUGGAACUGUGUAUUCUGGCACAAGAAUUUCAGAUGGAGCACUGGUUGCUGUCAAACAUGUGGCUAAGGAUCGGGUCUCGGAGUGGGGAGAGCUGCCAAAUGGCUCUCGUGUCCCCAUGGAGAUUCUACUCAUGAAGAAAGUUGGGAAUGGAGCUCGGGGCGUGAUAAAGAUGCUGGACUGGUACGAGCGUCUUGACAGCUUUAUUAUUGUCAUGGAAAGGCCGGAGAAGGUCAAGGACCUUUUUGAUUUCAUCACUGAGAAAGGUGCUUUACCAGAGGAGCUGGCAAAGAACUUUUUCUGUCAGGUUCUUGAAGCCGUACGACACUGCCACAACUGUGGGGUUGUACACAGGGACAUCAAAGAUGAAAACAUCCUCAUUGAUCUUCAGACGGGCGAAAUGAAGCUUAUUGACUUCGGAUCCGGGGCAUUGCUCAAAGACACUGUUUACACCGACUUCGAUGGCACUAGAGUGUACAGUCCACCUGAAUGGAUCAAAUACCAUCGGUACCAUGGGCGGUCAGCAACUGUUUGGUCUUUGGGUGUCCUGCUGUAUGACAUGGUGUGUGGAGAUAUCCCCUUCGAGCAGGACGAGGAGAUUGUACAAGGCCAGGUGCUCUUCAGACGAAGAAUCUCCACAGAGUGCCAGCAGUUGAUAAAGUUGUGCCUGUCCCUGAGGCCUGCUGAGAGGCCAUCGUUUGAGGACAUCAUCAAUCACCCAUGGAUGCAGAGCAGUGUGUCCUCAGCAGAGCAGAGCACAGAGAUCAGACUGCACAGCAUCAGUCACGAGCCUACUGCGUUCACCACCGUGGUGGCCCAAUGACUGUAUCACUGCACUGACCGAGACUAGUAGAGCAGAGAUCAGACUGCACAGCAUCAGUCACGAGCCUACUGCGUUCACCACCGUGGUGGCCCAAUGACUGUAUCACUGCACUGACCGGGACUAGUAGAACAGAGCACAGAGAUCAGACUGCACAGCAUCAGUCACGAGCCUACUGCGUUCACCACCGUGGUGGCCCAAUGACUGUAUCACUGCACUGACCGAGACUAGUAGAGCAGAGCACAGAGAUCAGACUGCACAGCAUCAGUCACGAGCCUACUGCGUUCACCACCGUGGUGGCCCAAUGACUGUAUCACUGCACUGACUGAGACUAGUAGAACAGAGGACUGACGUGGCUGUACACCAAAGACAAUAUGGACUAUACAGAAGGAAGUUACAUUUUAAUUUAAAUAUCUCUUUCUCUUGUGGCCAGACCCCACCUGUUCACUCUCCUUUUGGACUUUGGAUGAAAACGUAACAUCUUUAAUGGCUACUUAAUUGGACACUGUAAUAUCAAAAGCCAUUCUCACCCCUACGAAGGACUUGCUCUGUAAUAUUGGCUGUGGUGUGAGAGUAUGUACACCAGAAAGGACGAAGUCCAUCCCUAUUCAUGUGAUUUGUUCUGCUGAAGGCAUGAACAAGUGGACCGUCUUUGUUACAUAACUAGCUAGCUACCAACCAGCCAUUGUACUCUGCCCCGCCUCACUGAUGAGUGGGUGUCACAGGAAGCAAAGAGGAGCAAAUCGAAGUGCCUUUGGUGUGUCAGAUUGUUGGGGACCCUGGAAAUACUUGAAUUUCAUGAAGCCAACAUGUCACUUUUCUUCUUUUUUUACUUUACAAGGUUUUAUUUCCUGCUUUUGUCUUAUAGGACUAGAUCAGUAAAUCCUUUGCCAUUUUCCAAUACCGACAGCAGCCAGAGAACCUCCUAUAGUACACACAAACCUGUGCAAACAAAAACCGGAAGACUUACCUCACUCUCCUGCAUCCACCUCCGAGCUUUUAACGCCUGUCUACACACAACUACCACUCACCCAGACGUGAAUGCACACAGUAAUGCAAAGCGCCACACUAAAAUACUAAAUGCUUUUUUGUUCGAGUAAACAUGUCUAUCUUUCACCUUACAGGCUAGGAAUAAGGCUAUUGUGAAUAAUAUUUGUGUGAUUUCUCACUCGAGCUGUGUGGAUUUAUUUAUUUAUUUAUAGAGAAUUUCGGCUGUAUAUUUCAUUCCACAGUUGUUGAAGGGCCCACAGAUUAUUUAAAUGUAUUUUGACCAUAUUUAUGGCUUGAAAUCUUCUGAGCAGAUGUUUAUGUAUGUGUGUGUAAAUAACCUUCAAAGCACUUCCAUUUUAAUGUAUGUUGAAAGUCUACUGAUGGUAACUGUUAGUUGUGUCUGCUGUUGAUUUGGAUGAAUUGACAAUGUUCUGAGUAAGCAAGUAUGUGUCAUACAUCAACAUUGUUUUCACCUCUUGUUGCAUGAUUGCAGCUUAGUUUGUUUUGUUUUCAUCCAAAUUAGAAUUGUAAAUUAUAUGAACUAUUUUUAUACGAUUUCAAUAAAUAUUUUUUGAACCUUGA